CAAUGUUUACCGGAAGAGGCUGCUGCUUGUUGACAAGUUGGACUUCCGGUAUUGUGAGAGGAUCACUUCCUGGGCAAACAUGGUGUGCGACAAAUGUAAGACAAUAAUAACAUAUACACUGUAUUGUUAUAUUAUACUAUAAUCUGAGACUAAUGUAAAAUAAUAUUAAUAUAUACACUGUAUUAUUAUAUUAUACUAUAAUCUGAGACUAAUGUAAGAUAUUAAUAUAUACACUGUGUUAUUAUAUUAUACUAUAAUCUGAGACUAAUGUAAAAUAAUAUUAAUAUAUACACUGUAUUGUUAUAUUAUACUAUAAUCUGAGACUAAUGUAAAAUAAUAUUAAUAUAUACACUGUAUUAUUAUAUUAUACUAUAAUCUGUGGCUAAUGUAAGAAAAUAUUAAUAUAUACACUGUAUUAUUAUAUUAUACUAUAAUCUGAGACUAAUGUAAAACAAUAUUAAUAUAUACACUGUUAUUAUAUUAUACUAUAAUCUGAGACUAAUGUAAGAUAUUAAUAUAUACACUGUUAUUAUAUUAUACUAUAAUCUGAGACUAAUGUAAAAUAAUAUUAAUAUAUACACUGUGUUAUUAUAUUAUACUAUAAUCUGAGACUAAUGUAAAACAAUAUUAAUAUAUACACUGUAUUAUUAUAUUAUACCAUAAUCUGAGACUAAUGUAAAAUAAUAUUAAUAUAUACACUGUAUUAUUAUAUUAUACUAUAAUCUGAGACUAAUGUAAGAUAAUAUUAAUAUAUACACUGUAUUAUUAUAUUAUACCAUAAUCUGAGACUAAUGUAAAACAAUAUUAAUAUAUACACUAUAUUAUACUAUAAUCUGAGACUAAUGUAAAACAAUAUUAAUAUAUACACUGUAUUAUUAUAUUAUACUAUAAUCUGUGGCUAAUGUAGGACAAUAUUAAUAUAUACACUGUAUUAUAUUAUACUAUAAUCUGAGACUAAUGUAAGACAGUAUUAAUAUAUACACUGUGUUAUUAUAUUAUACUAUAAUCUGAGACCAAUGUAAAAUAAUAUUAAUAUAUACACUGUGUUAUUAUAUUAUACUAUAAUCUGAGACUAAUGUAAAACAAUAUUAAUAUAUACACUGUGUUAUUAUAUUAUACUAUAAUCUGAGACUAAUGUAAAACAAUAUUAAUAUAUACACUGUGUUAUUAUAUUAUACUAUAAUCUGAGACUAAUGUAUUAUAUUAUACCAUAAUCUGAGACUAAUGUAAGAUAAUAUUAAUAUAUACACUGUAUUAUAUUAUACUAUAAUCUGAGACUAAUGUAAAACAAUAUUAAUAUAUACACUAUAUUAUACUAUAAUCUGAGACUAAUGUAAAACAAUAUUAAUAUAUACACUGUAUUAUAUUAUACUAUAAUCUGUGGCUAAUGUAGGACAAUAUUAAUAUAUACACUGUAUUAUUAUAUUAUACUAUAAUCUGAGACUAAUGUAAGAUAAUAUUAAUAUAUACACUGUAUUAUUAUAUUAUACUAUAAUCUGAGACUAAUGUAAAAUAAUAUUAAUAUAUACACUGUAUUAUUAUAUUAUACCAUAAUCUGAGACUAAUGUAAAAUAAUAUUAAUAUAUACACUGUAUUAUUAUAUUAUACUAUAAUCUGAGACUAAUGUAAAACAAUAUUAAUAUAUACACUAUAUUAUACUAUAAUCUGAGACUAAUGUAAAACAAUAUUAAUAUAUACACUGUAUUAUUAUAUUAUACUAUAAUCUGUGGCUAAUGUAGGACAAUAUUAAUAUAUACACUGUAUUAUUAUAUUAUACUAUAAUCUGAGACUAAUGUAAAACAGUAUUAACAUAUACACUGUGUUAUUAUAUUAUACUAUAAUCUGAGACUAAUGUAAAAUAAUAUUAAUAUAUACACUGUAUUAUUAUAUUAUACUAUAAUCUGAGACUAAUGUAAAACAGUAUUAAUAUAUACACUGUAUUAUUAUAUUAUACUAUAAUCUGAGGCUAAUGUAGGACAAUAUUAAUAUAUACACUGUGUUAUUAUAUUAUACUAUAAUCUGAGACUAAUGUAAGAAAAUAUUAAUAUAUACACUGUUAUUAUAUUAUACUAUAAUCUGAGAUUAAUGUAAAACAAUAUUAAUAUAUACACUCUAUUAUUAUAUUAUACUAUAAUCUGUGGCUAAUGUAGGACAAUAUUAAUAUAUACACUGUGUUAUUAUAUUAUACUAUAAUCUGAGACUAAUGUAAAAUAAUAUUAAUAUAUACACUGUGUUAUAUUAUACUAUAAUCUGAGACUAAUGUAAAAUAAUAUUAAUAUAUACACUGUAUUAUUAUAUUAUACUAUAAUCUGAGACUAAUGUAAAAUAAUAUUAAUAUAUACACUGUAUUAUUAUAUUAUACUAUAAUCUGAGACUAAUGUAAAACCGUAUUAAUAUAUACACUGUAUUAUUAUAUUAUACUAUAAUCUGAGACUAAUGUAGGACAAUAUUAAUAUAUACACUGUGUUAUUAUAUUAUACUAUAAUCUGAGACUAAUGUAAGAUAAUAUUAAUAUAUACACUGUAUUAUUAUAUUAUACUAUAAUCUGAGACUAAUGUAGGACAAUAUUAAUAUAUACACUGUGUUAUUAUAUUAUACUAUAAUCUGAGACUAAUGUAAAAUAAUAUUAAUAUAUACAGUGUAUUAUUAUAUUAUACUAUAAUCUGAGACUAAUGUAAGAUAUUAAUAUAAACACUGUGUUAUUAUAUUAUACCAUAAUCUGAGACUAAUGUAAGACAAUAUUAAUAUAUACACUGUGUUAUUAUAUUAUAGUAUAAUCUGAGACUAAUGAAAGAUAAUAAUAUAUACACUGUUAUUAUUUAUAUUAUCUGAGACCAAUUUAAGAUAAUAUAUAAACUGUAUUAUUAUUUAUACUAUAAUCUGAGACUAAUGUAAAAUAAUAUUAACCCCUUAAUGACACAUGACGGAAAUAUUCCGUCAUGAUUCCCUUUUAUUCCAGAAGUUGUGUCCUUAAGGUGUUAUUAUAUACACUGUGUUAUUCUUUAUACUAUAAUCUGAGAGUAAUGUAAGACAAUAUUAAUAUAUAAAUUGUAUUAUUAUUUAUACUAUAAUCUGAGACUAAUGUAAGACAGUAUUAAUAUAUUAAUAUAUAUGGUCUGCGGGGAAUGUUAAAAUUCAUUAUUUCACUAAUCGUGGAUACAGAUAUUACAUUACUUGUAACAGUCUUUAUGCAGGGAAACACUAUCAGUCACAGCAUUAGGCUUGUAGCUAAAUAAACUAAAAAAAAACACUACAUUUAAUUCUAAUUUAAAAAAUGCUGACAAUUCUAUUUAACAUACAUAAUUAGAAUUAGCACUGUAAGCUUGUUAUUGCUUGUUAUAGUUAACUGUAAGUCUUGUCCAGUCAUUGUACAGUGUUACCUCAUAUGCUUUUAUUUUUACAGGGUGGUGAUAAUACAAGGUAAAGUGUAUUUUAGCGUAUUUUAUUAUACCGUUUCAUUCACGUGUAUUAUAGCGGUUGUUUUUUUUUCAUUGCUAUUGUGGUGUGUACCCAUUGCAGAGCUGCCUAAUCGGUGUAGCCAGCACCCAUUGCAGAGCACCCUCACUGGCCCAGACAGCACCCAUUGCAGAGCACCCUCACCCCAUUGCAGAGCUACCUCACUGGCACACGUUUAAUUCUAAUUUUAAAAAAAAUGCUAACAACUCUAUUUAACAUACAGAAUUAGAAUUAGCACUGUAAGAUUGUUAUAGUUAACUGUAAGUCUUGUCUAGUCAUUGUACAGUGUUACCUCAUAUGUUGGCACUUUUAUUUUUAAAAGGUGAUGAUAAUACAGACAGGGAUUGUGUCUAGCUAUGUAUAUCCAAUGAAGGAUAAAAGUGUACUUUAGCGUAUCUUACUUUUUAAUUUUCUAAAAGCAAAUAGCUUAUUUUAUUACCAGUCAUUAUUAAAGUAAAAACAUUGUGUCUAGGAUAAUGGGCAAGAGCUCCAGACCUCCGUGGGUGCUGUGUAUCCAUUGGGGAGCCCUGCAUUGGGUGCUGUAUGUGCCUAGUUCACUGAAUGCUGUGUGUUCAAAGGAAUACCUUGCAUUAGGUGCUCUGUAAUGAAUGCUGCUCUGCCAAGCAAUACCCUUUAUUGGGUGCUCUCCUGCACCAAGUACUGUCUGUGCCAAAGAGGGUGCCCCUGCAAUGUCUGUGCACAGGAAUACCUUGCACUGGGAUAUGUCUGUGCCCAUCAGGGUGCCCUGCACUAGGUUUUGUCUGUGCUAAUGAGGGUGUUGUCUGUGCCAGUGAGGUUGCUCUGCAAUGGGUGCUGUCUGGGCCAUUGAGGUUGCUCUGCAAUGGGUGCUGUCUGUGCCAGUGAGGUUGCUCUGCAAUGGGUGCUGUCUGGGCCAGUGAGGUUGCUCUGCAAUGGGUGCUGUCUGUGCCAGCAAGGUAGCUCUGCAAUAGGGUGAGGGCGCUGUCUGGGCCAGUGAGGGUGCUCUGCAAUGGAUGCUGUCUGGGCCAGUGAGGAUGCUCUGCAAUGGAUGCUGUCUGGGCCGGUGAGGGUGCUCUGCAAUGGGUGCUGUCUGGGCCAGUGAGGGUACUCUGCAAUGGGUGCGCACCAUAAUAGCAAUGCAAAAAAAAAUACACUGUAAUCCAUGUGAACGAAAAGGUAACUAAUAAAAUACGCUAAAAUACACUUUUACCAAAUGGAUUAUAGUUUGUUCAAAACACAAGUUUUCUGUUCUUUGAGGUUGUUAAAUGUUGUGCUUUCCAUAUUUAAGAAAAAUGUUGUUUUGUAGAGUGCAUCCUGUAACUUGGUAUGAAAAAAUGGGGGGGAAAAACAACACAUUUAUUUAUUCUUCUAUUUAUGGCAGGUGAGAAGAAGCUGGGCACUGUUAUCACUCCAGAUACAUGGAAAACUGGUGCAAGGAAUACAACUGGUAAAUAUAUAGUAUGUCAGAGUAAAUAAAGGUACAAUUGACGUCAGCAAGGCAUAUUUGAAAUAUGAUGUUUUCAGCAUAUAAAAUUUCCCGUGAAAUCGAGUCAGGUCCAUGUACAAAAUAUCUAGAGAUGGCUUUAUGAGUUUGAGUGGCACCAACAAACCCCCACAUUAUAUAAUGACACCAGGUUGUGCCACCCAUGUCCCCUAUGCAUCACAGUGAUUCCAAGCAUCAUGCAUGCACUAUGGCUGUGUCCUUGCCUAUUAAAAACCUCCUUAACCCUUAAAAGUCCUUAACCCUUCAUCCAGCACUCUGUGGGCCAUUCCAUUAUAUCUGUGCCCCCUUCAUAGGCACUUUCCAGAUGGUGGUGUUUGAACCAUACCCUGCUGGUUGCAGCUCCACAAAACACAGCCACAUGUUCCUAAUAUUGAAAUACACACAUUAACAUAGUGUUGUUGUUGUUAUUAUUAGUAUUUGUCGAUGGCCAGCUUAUUCAGCAGCAUUUCUUUUAAUUAUAGAAAGGGGAUGUUUGGGGUGAAAAAAGCACUGUAAAAACAAGUUUAUAAUCUGUGUGUAUUUGAGGUAGGUGUCUUGCCUAAGGAUACUUACUUGGUCUGUCUCGCAGAAUGAAUCUAUAUGCGUUCCUGUAAUUUUGUAUGCACCUCAAAACUUGUAAACACAGAUUUAAAAAAAAAAAUUACCUAUUUUAUAUUUGUUCUGAUUAAGCGAUUUCCUAAAUCUGGAUAUUACUUACAAUAUCGAAUGUUUCCUGUGUAGAUUUUAGUGAUAUAAACUAGUAGAAUUAUUUGUGUAUAUUAAUAUUCCUCCAUUUUUAUCUAUUUAUUUCAAUUGUUCCCCUUCUAAAAAUAUUAAAGGCUGAAAAUGGGUAAUUAUUGUUAUAUCUGUAUAUUUUCUCUAUUUACUUUAGAAAGUGGAGGUCGAAAACUUAAUGAAAAUAAAGCUUUGACUUCCAAAAGAGCCAGGUAAGUAGAUUGUUUAAAUGGGAAAAAAAAAUAUUAGCAGAUAAGGUUUGUUUUCUGUACAGCAGAAAGUACCACCACAGAUUUGAUACUACCAUGUAAUAUGGCUAAAUUUAGAUCGUUUUCACUUUUACAGUGUGGAAUCAACAAGUGCACAGCUACAAUGUGUCAACAAAUGUUAUAUAUUGUAGUUAAUUGACAUUCAUCAUUUUGUUACAAUGUUGCCAGUAAUUUCAUGUAAUUCCAUGAGAUUAAAAAUAACAGGUUGAUUUUCAUAGCUGUUUAUUUUUUUGUUUGUUUGUUUGUUUUUAAAGUAAGCACACGUCUAGUACUCGUGUUUUUUUUUUUAUUGUCAAUAAUAGGUGUAUUAUUAUAUCAUUAACAGGGAUCUGUUCGUUGUAUAUUACAUUAGUUGUCUAUUGUUUCAACAUGUCAUAUGGAUUACUUUUUCUAUUUAUUAAUAUUAUUAUCACCAUUUAUAUAGCGCCAACAGAUUCCGUAGCGCUUUAUUUGAAUAUGCAUUCCCAAAGUGUAGCAAAAGGAACGUAUGGCAUUUAUACAACAUGUGCUUAAUACAUACCAAACUGGUAACAUCUGAUGUGCAUUUCAUAACUUUGGUUAUUCCUUGGUUCAGCACUCACAUGAUUGUUGUCCAACAUUUUUGAUGUGAGAAACCACAUCGCUGCAAACAUUUACUUUAUAAUAGUGUUUGCAAAAUCACUAUUGGGGUGGCAAUAUAUUCACUUAUAUUCAGCCAGUGGCACUGAAGGGUUUAAGUGUAUGGCAAUGAAUCUUAGUUUUUGUUUUUUAAAGGGACACUCUGGAGCCCUAAAGUACUUUGUGCUGAAAAGCUUUAUGUGUGAAGAUUGUGUCCUCUCUUCCUGGUUGUUUAGUUCAGUGGAGCUAUGCUCAAGAGGCAGACAAUUACCUAGAGCACAUGCCUGGCAAAGACAUCCACAGAAAGUCUAGGCUGAGGAAGAAAGGACAGCAUGCAAAGGUUGCAGACAAGAGAAAAGCUGUUUUUAGAUCUACCCCCUGUCGUAGAUAAUUUACUGCAAACCAAUUAGUUUGAAUGACUAUCUGUUCCUGUCCAAAUUAAAGAUAAUAAAGUUGCGUGCACGCAGAAGUAAAUUCACACUGAGACACAAAGUUCAGGGUAAUGAAAGAACUUCGGAGAAGUUUAAUGGCUUCUGACAGAAAAUGGGUGCGCAGACCCUUUUAAAGGCAUUAUUACAUCACUGAAGAAUUCAAGAUAACAGCAAAUAGACACUAUUGAUUGGUCCAGGUGUUAAGUGGUUAGUUAGGUACCCUCCUAUCAAGAGGUGAUGUCAUCCUUGACACGGGAGUGGACACAAUAUGUAGGCGCCAUCUUGUUAGCACGAGGUGUUCACUCGAUGGGAGGGGUGCUUUGGCAGCCAUCCAUUUAGAGUGUAGCUGGCACGGUUAGUUUCUCAAGGUUAGGUUUCAAGGCUUUUAGUAAAUACACAUUUUAUCAAAGCUAUUUCUUGCUGGCAUGCAAAUUCUAUGUUCUAUAGACAAGGCUUUCUUGUAAAACUAUGGGGGCCUCUUAGAGGUAUAGCAAGAGGAUUUUAAAGGGGCCUUACAGAUUUAUAGAGGCCUAAUAAUUCUACAACACCCCCAAUGAAAAACAAAAUGCAUAAUUUAAUGCAUGCAUGUUUUUAUUGGGGCUAGCCUACUACACAGUUUUUUUUGUUGCUGUUGUUUUGUUCGUUUUUUUUUUUUUUUUUCCCCGGACUAUAGUGUUCCUUUUAAUAGCAAAGAUGAUUGGCAUUUCUGUAUUUUUUUUCUUUUUUUAAUACGUUUUUAUCCAAGUAUCUCUGCAGGAAUGUUGCCACAUGCUGACACCAAUUUUGUUUUUGAAUUGUCAGAUUUGAUCCAUAUGGAAAAAAUCGAUUUGCUGUAUGCCGUAUCUGUAAAAGUUCAGUUCAUCAAGCAGGCUCCCAUUACUGCCAAGGUUGUGCUUACAAGAAAGGUAACAAGCUAUUCUCUAUUCUUUCUCCGGGAUGAGUAAUAACACACACACAACAUUUUACUUUUUUUUCUUAUGAUCUUUGGGGGGGAGGUUGUGUUUUGUUUUUUCUUUUUUGUGAUGUCCCGAACGGUUCACCGCGGAUGGCGAACAUAUGCGGUAAACUUUGACCCUGUACCUCACAGUCAGCAGACACAUUCCAGCCAAUCAGCAGCAGACCCUCCCUCCCAGGCCCUCCCACCUCCUGGACAGCAUCCAUUUUACAUUCAUUGUGAAGCUGCAUUCUUAGUGAGCUGUCUGGGAGGGAGGGUCUGCUGCUGAUUGGCUGGAAUGUGUCUGCUGACUGUGAGGUACAGGGUCAAAGUUUACCGCUUAUGUUCGCCAUCCGCGGUGAACCGUUCGGGACAUCACUACUUCCCUAUGCUCUGAUGGAUUGACUUUUAUAAUAAAUUUGACCAGACAUAAAAAAGUUGGAAUGUAUAGAAAACAAUGGUAGGGUCAUUCUCAAAGACUUUUGUUUUUAGAGUAACUUCAAGGAUAAAUGACACAGAGCAAUCAGUGGUUUGACAGGUAAAUGUAGAGACUUACUUGUCAGUCUCUUCAUUUACCUGUCAGUGCACUCUGACACCAACCAAUCAGAGUGCUCUGAGCCAAAUUGCAGGGAGUAGAAAGACUUUAUAAGCCUUUCCUCACCCUGCGGAGCGCAGUCGGCGCCGUGCCAUCCGUGGGUGAAGAUGGAUUAUUUUUUUAGCGUCAGGUUUUUUCUUUUUUGUCUGAAUUUUAUUUUUAUUUUUUUUGACGGGUAUUUUUGACUGGCUGCUCACUGUUAACUAGACAUGCCCCUACUUGCGGUAUAAUCUUUACUUAGUAUUAGUAAAUUUAGCUGAAAGACCAAUUUAGGUCUUUCAGCCUUUUGGUAGAUAGCUUGCUAAUACCGUGGGAAUUAGGGAGUUAUCUACUAAGCGGCUGCAAGAUGCCGUGCAACCGCGGCACCAAUAGGAUCGGAGUUUCAUACAUUCGAAUGAAAUUCCGAUCCGAACACGAAUGGAGAAACUGUUCUCAUUCUGUUAGGACGCAAUUCGGCGUUAUGUCUAAAUGACAGGACGUUCGGGAAAAGUGAAAGGAGGCUUCACAGGGACACAGAGGAAAGGUGAGAAUUGUGGGAAAAUUUCUCUGACCACCGGAAAUGAAGCACACUUUGCUCCUCUGCUGGUCAGGCGUAGGAAACCUCCAUAAGAAAAAGUAGUCCCUACUUUGUCUUAUGUUUUAAAGAAAACUAGAGCAGACAGGAAGAAAUGGGGAAAAAAAGAUCCUGACAGAGGGAAAGAAGAGGAAUCGAUUAAAGAAAGGUAAGUUCAGCAUGACAGUGCCGCUUUAAAUGGGCAUCAAAACAACUUUAGUUUAAUGAAGCAGUUUGGGUGUAUAGAUCAGGCCCAUGCAGUUUUACUGCUCACUUAUCUGCCAUUUAUGAGAUAGAUCACUUUGUUUUUGUUUAUGCAGCCCUUGUCACAUCUCCCCUGUCUGUGACUGGUUUAAUUUCCAAUCAGACUUUAACUUGCUUUAGAUGUUUUUAUCUCCUACUCUUUAAAUUGAACUUUAAUCACACAAAGGAGUCCUUUGCAGGGUUUAGGAGACUAUUAACAGAGCAUAAAAUAUGAAAUGACAGACUAUACAGUACAGAAACCUAUGAUAUCUAGGUGUUUAGGAAGGCUGUGCAAGCCACAUGCAGGGAUACACAAAGUGAUUUAACUCCUAAAUGGCAGAGAAUUUAGCAGUAUGACGGCAGGGGCAUGAUCUAUACACCCAAACUGCUUCAUUAAAGGACCACUCUAGGCACCCAGACCACUUCAGCUUAAUGAAGUGGUCUGGGUGCCAGGUCCAGCUAGGGUUAACCCAUUUUUUCAUAAGCAUAGCAGUUUCAGAGAAACUGCUAUGUUUAUGAAUGGGUUAAGCCUUCCCCUAUUUCCUCUAGUGGCUGUCUCAUUGACAGCCACUAGAGGCGCUUGCGUGCUUCUCACUGAUUUUCACAGUGAGAGCACGCCAGCGUCCAUAGGAAAGCAUUAUGAAUGCUUUCCUAUGUGACCGGCUGAAUGCGUGCACAGCUCUUGCCGCGCGUGCGCAUACAGCUGACGGGGAGGAGAAGAGGAGGAUCGGAGGAGGAGAGCUCUCCGCCCAGCGGUGGAAAAAGGUACGUUUUACCCCUUUCCAGAGCCGGGCGGGAGGGGGUCCCUGAGGGUGGGGGCACCCUCAGGGCACUAUAGUGCCAGGAAAACCAGUAUGUUUUCCUGGCACUAUAGUGGUCCUUUAAGCUAAAGUUGUUUUGGGGCUUAUCGUGUCCAUUUGAUAAUGACAUAUAGACUACUGACUAAUUGGACUAGUAAAGUGUGUGUGGUUUUUUUUUUUCCUUCACUCUUUUCACGCUGUUAACUGAACUAGUGAUAAUCCCUCUAUUUUUAUCUUUUAGGAAUUUGUGCCAUGUGUGGGACGAAGGUUUUGGAUACAAAGAACUACAAGCAAACAUCUGUUUAAUAAUGCCCAUUCUGCCUUUGGUUUAUUAAUUAAUUUGGUAAAAGCACCUGCUAAUUUUAAAUAAACAGUUUGGAAAGGUGAUAUGUUUAGGGGUUGAGAUUUCUAAGUGGCUUAAAUUGUAAAUAAAUUAGGGUUUUUAAUUCAUUUUAUUUACAUGUUCCUAUUUGACAUAAUGCAACAGCUUUAUAAUUUUCUUGUCAGAGUUAAAUUUAAUAUUUUCUUAAGUCUGCAGUUCUUGAAGUAGACCACUGGGGAGGGAAUAAUCUUAAAUUUUUGUUACAUGUCCCUACGUGUGCAGAGAGAUUCUUGUGUGUGAAUAUCUGGUCUCCAUCACCUGUCGCUUUAGAGGAGUGAUGGAGGCAGGCAAGAGCGAGCUGGAAACUAAUAUACCAGUUUGUCCUAUUUUGCAGUUUUCCAAUGAUGUAUUUCAGAGAAAUUACAACACACCAUAAAGGGCAAUUGUCCGCAAACAUACAAGUAAAGGGAGGUUGUUCACUAAACUCAGAAAUGUGGAGAAGUAAACGUUGCACCCUUUUAGACCAAAUUUAGAGAUUUCUUCCAUUAUAUAUAUAUAUUAUAUUUUUUUUUUUUUUUUCAUGGAAGUGUCCAACUUACCCAGUUUAUUGAGUGAUUCCCAGUGUAAUUAUUUAAAAACAAUAUUCUGGUCAGUGAAUUGUAAGGUAAUGGGGUAGAUAGUUUUCUAUUUCCUUCGAGUAAAAUUAUUGAUGAAUAAUAAAAUAAUUUCAAAAUCUAAUUGGAACCUGGCAUGAAAUCCAAAGCAUUGUUUAUGACUUUUAUUUACCCAAAAGGGACCUAACUCAUCAAUAUAGAUUGUGUUGCACAUGUGCCUUUCUGGCUAUUGAACUUUUAACUAUAUUCUGGUCGCGUUAUAAUUGCCCCUUUAAGCUGAUUUUUUGUUUUUAUUUAUUCAUUUUUAUUAAUUUUGGAACUGUGCACCCAGUGAUAAAUUGUCACAGUGUUGUAAGGAGGAAACAUGUAUUUUCUUCUUCAGUUAUUGCUUUCUUUUUUGUCUUUAGCAUUAUGUAACCAUAAUUCACGUAGUGAUAGUAAUGGAUCCAUUAAAAUUACAUACAGCACUUUAUUCUUCAUAUUUCAAGAAACUUAAUUGAUGUUUAGUUUUUACAAAUGCUAGGACAGUGAUGCCCAAAGGCUGGGAAACCGUUUGCAAACAUCUGGGGUGCCAGAAUUAGCUAUCACUGAUAUGAGCAUCAUGUGUACGAGAGUGCAUGUUUUUCUGAAAAGUGUUUUUAUUUGCUGCAUCAAAAAAUAAAGUAUUUAGGAAGGACUGAUUGUAAGGUAUUGUUUUUUGGGGGAAAUAAGACAUUUGUUGUUUUUGGGUGGAGUUAAAUAUUAUAUUAUUCCUAACGGGGAAGAAAUAUAUCAAAAGCAGACCGAUUUAUUGAAAUAUAUUUUUAUGUAAAUAUUACUUUCAAUAAUUCACCAUUUUAUAGGUCAUCCCCACAUAUUGUUUGGAUAUUCUAG